CUCGGGCUGAUGGCGGCGGCGGGCGGCCCCGGGACUGCGCUGUCCCCGCGGCCGUGCGACAGCGACCCGGCCACCCCCGGAGCGCAGUCCCCGAAGGAUGAUAAUGAAGAUAAUUCAAAUGAUGGGACCCAACCGUCCAAAAGGAGGCGAAUGGGCUCAGGAGAUAGCUCUAGGAGCUGUGACACUUCCAGUCAGGAUCUUGGCUUUAGCUACUAUCCAGCAGAAAAUUUGAUAGAGUACAAAUGGCCACCUGAUGAAACAGGAGAAUACUAUAUGCUUCAAGAACAAGUCAGUGAAUAUUUGGGUGUGACCUCCUUUAAACGGAAAUAUCCAGAUUUAGAGCGACGAGAUUUGUCUCAUAAGGAGAAACUGUACCUGAGAGAGCUAAAUGUCAUUACAGAAACACAGUGCACUCUAGGCUUAACAGCAUUGCGCAGUGAUGAAGUAAUUGAUUUAAUGAUAAAAGAAUAUCCGGCCAAACAUGCUGAAUAUUCUGUCAUUCUUCAAGAAAAAGAACGCCAACGAAUUACGGAUCACUAUAAAGAAUAUUCUCAAUUGCAACAACAGAAUACUCAGAAAGUUGAAGCCAGCAAAGUGCCUGAGUACAUUAAGAAAGCUGCCAAAAAAGCAGCUGAAUUUAACAGCAACUUAAACCGGGAACGUAUGGAAGAAAGAAGAGCUUAUUUUGACUUACAGACACAUGUUAUCCAGGUGCCUCAAGGGAAGUACAAAGUGUUGCCGACAGAGAGAACCAAGGUCAGUUCUUACCCGGUGGCCCUCAUCCCUGGACAGUUCCAGGAAUAUUACAAAAGGUACUCGCCAGAUGAACUGCGGUAUUUGCCAUUAAACACAGCGCUUUACGAGCCCCCCCUGGAUCCUGAGCUCCCUGCUCUCGAUAGCGAUGGUGAUUCAGAUGAUGCCGAAGAUGGUCGAGGUGAUGAGAAACGGAAGAAUAAAGGCACUUCGGACAGCUCCUCUGGCAACGUGUCUGAGGGCGAAGGCCUUCCCGAAGGCCAGGACGAGCCUCUGCAGGGAAGACAGAGGUCCAGGGACAAGGCUGCUUCUGCACGAAGAGAUGCUUCCAAACGUUCCGUACUGUCCAAGCCGGUUCCUGGGUACAAGCCAAAGGUCAUUCCAAGUGCUCUAUGUGGAAUUUGUCUGAAGGGUAAGGAGUCCAACAAGAAAGGGAAGGCUGAAUCCCUUGUGCACUGCUCCCAGUGCGGUAACAGCGGCCAUCCUUCUUGCCUGGAUAUGACCAUGGAGCUUGUUUCUAUGAUUAAGACCUACCCAUGGCAGUGUAUGGAGUGUAAGACUUGCAUUGUAUGUGGACAACCCCACCAUGAAGAAGAAAUGAUGUUCUGUGAUGUGUGUGACAGAGGUUAUCAUACUUUUUGUGUGGGCCUUGGUGCUAUUCCAUCAGGUCGCUGGAUUUGUGACUGUUGUCAGCAAGCCCCCCCAACACCCAGGAAAGUGGGCAGAAGGGGGAAAAACAGCAAAGAGGGAUAGUUUUUGACCCCAAUACUGUAAUGUGCAUUUAAAUGAAGUAUUUGGUGCCAAUUUACAACAUUCUCAUUUUUACGCCAAUAAAAGAUUUCUGAAACUA